CUGCAUAAAUGGACUGGAUGAUAGUAUGGUAACUUCAGCAUCAGCCAUUAUAUAUAAUGUUUAGCACUUCAAUGAAAUUCAACGAAUCAUACUACUAGUAGAAGAAUGAGUUGUAUCGGUGUUUCAGAAAGUCCUCAAGGACGUAUUGGUCAGCUGCUGACCCAUAGUACAACGAUAUGAUAAAAACAACAGCAACCCUAAUAGUACACCGUACAAACAAGCAUAUUCUACCAAGCAUCCACCGCAACGCGCAUAUUCAGCAGUGCCCGAAGCAUGCAAAAGGGUACAUGCAUAGAACUUUCGCACGAGUCAUGCACGAUCAGAACAGCCCGAGACUGCGCCCGUUGCUCGUUACGAUAUGCAUACUUCUCCUGUAUGGGUCUUCUUUUCAAGUACUUCCCUUUCUGUGGCUAUUUUUUCCACCCCUGAGCUUUGCCCCGACGGUGCUAUCAUGUAGUUGAAAGGAUCUCCGUAUUCAACUUAAUACACCGC